AUGUGUAGACUCAAGCAUAAACCAUCGUCCCUUGAUCCGAACCUUUCUACCGAAAGCGAAGUAUCGGACCCGCCUGUCCUGUGUUCAGAAUUCGAUUUAGCCUCAUUCAGCGAUGAGGGAUCGAAUCUUCACUUCUUUCGCGACGUAUCAGGGGACGAGGAUGACCUAGGCGGAGUAUCUACGCCCUGGAUCCCUCCGUUUGAGAACUAUCCUCUCACAGAAACACCUGAGAUGACCUUUGAAAAUUCAAAAGGAGGUGCUGGCUCAAGCGGUAAAUCUCAGCAGUUCGUCCCUGGCUGUUCUGCCAGCAAGCCGAUUGGAGAUGAAGAUAAGCAGACGCUUUCCAAUGCGAUGAUGCAGGCAUACAUAGCUAUGCGCGGUCCAGACAUGGGAGAAAUCACCGACCCUCUGUUUGAUUGGAUCCAAUUUCACACCGAUGAGAUGGCUCGCAAAGCAGCAUCUCAACCUCAUGGCAUCCCCAAACCUCCCGACAACCCUAGAGACGUCACCAAGAUGCUGAAUUAUAUGGAUAAGGCUAUCGAAUCCGAUAACAUGGGUGGUGAUUCUCCCCGUGAUGCUCUAUUUGAGCUUCGGAGGCCGUCGAUUAGCCACAUAGCUCCUCCAGCUGCGAUGAACCUUUUGCCUCACCGCAGGGUUUAUUCAGCAACGGAUAAUCGUACCCCUGUAUGGGGUGAUGAUGAGGACGAUGAUGAGGGUGCUGUUCCUACUGGCCGUCUUUCACCUUGCACUUUCCUCCAGUGGUCGCAGGAUUGUAAGCCUUGGGUUCGUAGAGAGAUUAUGGACCCUAGAAACAUCCUUGCUACUGCCGAACGAAUGCGCCCAAUGGGCCCCGUACCGGCUAGGGACCAUUAUCCCCACUACCUUGACGAUGCAAAGGCUCAGAGGGACUACUAUACAGGAGAGGAAUUCUCCCCCCUUUACCAAGUCCCCCAUAGCCCGUCUCUCAUCUACACGCCUCCUGGUGUGCCUAGCAUCUCAUAUGCUCCAACUGCAUUCCUAGCUCAAUAUGAUCGCAUGGCUCCUCUGGAUGCCAAGAAGCUCCGAGACCAUGUGUAUGGCAAGACAGAGAAAAGCAUGCCACCUACUAGUACAAAUGACAAGUUCACAGACACUGAGGUUAAUAAUGUCGCCAGCAGAAUCACCAGAUCUGACGGCAGUGGUAUUCCCGGUGCAGAUAUUUACGCUUUUCUCAGGGCCCAAUAUAAAGCUAUCUCAAAGGAACAGGCUGAGGAUGAAACUCUCCGUAAGAGGAUCUCGGCACAGGCCAAGAGGAUCCAAGAGCUUGAGAUUGAGCGAGACACUCUCCGAGAACACUUUAUCCCUCUUCUGAAGAAAAAACGCUCUGAGUACCGUGUAGAGCAAGAACGCCGCACAUUGCAAGCGCUUCAGGAGCAACGCGGCAUUCGUGAUGAUCGCAUCCGCGAGCAUCUAGGAAACCACAUCCGUGAAGUGCAACUAAUACUUGACCGUUCAUACAUGCAAAGAAACGAGUCAAAGCAGAAGUUCAAGGCAAACCAGCAGCGCCUGGCGCAGCUGGAGCAGGAGAUCGGUGAGGACUGUCUCUUGGCUGGAACAAGUCCUCAGGGCAUUUACGACGAACUUAACGGCCUCGUACCGCCCCCUUCAGGCCCUGCGUGGUCUGUGACAAGAGGGAUGAGCCACAGCGCUAAGAGCUUCUGCCGUGCCCUUGAUGGUAAUAACACCUAUCCAACUAAUAUCGCGACUACACAGCCCGAAAUGCGGAUCAAGGAAAAGCAUAGAAUGGGAGAUGUUGAUUCCAUUUCUGGACAUACUCUUGUUGACCCUAUGGGUGAUUGUUCAUUGGCAUCCCUCUCGCUAGAUGUCGGCCACACUUUCCUUGAUCAUAUCAACAGCCUUCGCCAUUCUCUGUCUUCCCAAGAUAAGAAGACAUCCCCUGGCGGGCCUGGGUCCUUGGGUGAACAUACCGGUGGUCCACAUCGGGCAUCGUAUGGCAGAGGUGAUGAAUCUAUUCCAUUCGGUAGGCUGUCAAUGCCCAAACCUCCCGUGGAUACUGCUGUUCAAGAUACCGUUCCUAGCAAGACCGAGGAGAGUGCCUCUGUACAGGAAAGCCGUAAAGAAAAGGGCAAGAGUUUGUCCCAUAUUCAAGGUCCUCACGAGCGUAUCUGCUUUGCUCCUCCCCCGGGCGAACCUGAACCGAUUGAUCGCUCUUACUAUGAUUAG